AUGACAUCUCGAUCGCUGCGAUUGUUAACUACAGUGCGUGCUAUCUCACAUACGGCAUCUGCUCGGGAUCGAUAUGACCCUCGCUUGUUCCGUGAACCUAUAACAGAUAUUAAGCAGGUGCACGAACCUCUCGACGAGAACGAUGAACGCAAUUUUCUAUAUAUCAAAGCCAUGAAAAGUGAUGAGACGCCAGUAUUUUACAGAGAUCACACGGUAGACAAGCUUAUUCGAGUUUGUAUGAAAAGUGGUAACAAGGAGACUACAAAACAUCAUGUAUACUCUGCAUUAGAAAUUAUCAAGAGACGGCAAUACAAAGCUUGGUUGAAUGCUAAGGAUGAAGAGGAAAAGAGUAAGAUCGAAUUGGAUCCAUUUGUAAUCGCAAGAAAAGCCAUCCAAAAUUGUCAUCCCCUCAUGAAAUUGCAAGGAGUCACAAGAGGUGGUACGACAUAUCAAGUCCCGUUCCCCAUUGAGAAAGCUGAAGCUGAGUUCCGAGCAAUGAAAAUGAUGCGAGAUAUAUGCCGACAGAAGGCCGCUCAUGGAGAAACACAUUUAAAGGACAUCUUAGCCAGCGAAUUGCUAGCAGCGAGUCAGAAUGAAGGACUGACGAUACAGGCUAAACAGGAGUUGCACAAGACAUGCGAAGCUAACAGAGCGUAUGCUCACUAUAGGUCGUAA